AUGAGCAUCCUGUUCAAGACAACGUCCAGUGAAUAUGGCGCUCUCCGUCCCACCUACGAGAUGGCUCCAUGUUAUCACUACCCUGUGUCUCAGAAGUUUUCCGAACACCUGGGUACUUGUGGGAUGUACCGAAAUAACUCAUUAAACACGGCUGUUGAUAGGAGCAGAGUAAAUGACUGUAUCAACCUGCACAACACUUUAUAG